AUGACACAGGAAGAAAAUAUCCUAAGGUGCAAUUUUAAUACUGGUGGAGAGGGUUGUGGCAACCUCGUCGAUGGUGGUGGUGGAGGAGUGGAUGAUGGUGGUGGGAGUAGAUCAAAGAAGACCAAGCAAAAAAAAGUUCCACGGAGAGGAUUAGGAGUUGCCCAGCUUGAGAAACUUAGGUUGGAGGAACAACAGAUAAAUGGGGCAUCUGUACAAGCAGCCAAUAUUUUGGCAAAUAAUGCAAUUUGUUCACAUAAUGAUUCUACUGCAUGUUUAGCUAUUCCACGUCCCAGUUUUAGGCCAAAUCUUUGCUCUUCAAAUUCAAUCCCCUUGCCACCACUAUCACCAACUGAUCUACCCUCACUGAAUUUCUUGCAUUAG